AUGGCUCCCCGCCGACAAAACGAUAGCUUCGGCUCUGUUGGCGAGACCGAUCCUGAGAUUGUGUCCGAGUUGAGGGAGCGGCUGACAGAAGCCACCAUCAAGUGCUCGGAACGCUGCUUAUACCAGUCGGCGAAAUGGGCGGCGGAACUCCUAGACUCUCUCCCCGAAGACCACGAUCCCGAUCAUGAUUCUCACAUGCAAGACACGAAUACUAUCCCAUCAUAUCGAAUUUUCUCGACGAGUGAUGAUGAUCCAGUGGAGGCGGCGUUAGAGGCAAAAGAGGCACCGAGAUAUCUCCUGGCAAAGGCAUUCUUCGAUACGAAAGAGUUUGACAGAUGUGCUGCUGUGUUUCUGCCGCCAGCCAUCCCAGCUGGCGGCCUUGCCAUCUUCGACAAGCCAAAAGGACGCACACCCACGUCUACACCGACUCGAGCCAAGGGCAAGUUAAAGCAGAACGAAUCCGAAUCAAUCAAUCCAUUUCCUGGUGUCAGCCAAAAGUCGCUUUUCCUCUCGCUGUACGCUCGAUAUCUGGCCGGGGAGAAAAGAAAGGACGAAGAGAGCGAGAUGGUGUUAGGCCCCGCCGAUGGUGGACAAACCACGAACCGCGAACUGGCGUCGCUGGCAAGGGGGCUGGAAGCAUAUUUCAAAGCGAGAGAUGCUGCAGAUCCACAUCUCGAACGAUCACAAGGAUGGUUGGAAUAUCUGUACGGGGUUGUGUUGGCCAAGUCGAGGCAGGAGAAUCUUGCACAGCAAUGGCUGCUGCGCUCUGUCCGGCUCAACCCCUAUCACUGGGGAGCGUGGGAAGAACUCUCAUCCCUUCUCUCCUCCGUCGACGACAUGACCGCCCAAUUGUCCUCCUCUAGUCUGCCCCAGAACAUCAUGGGCAUCAUCUACCAAGCCUACGCAUCCGUCGAUCUUUUCUCGAUGAGCGACCAGUCCAACACCGUCGCCUAUCUGAGAACAUUACUGAACUAUUUCCCAACCUCGACGUUCCUCCUGACCCAGCUCGCUCUGUCAUAUUACCACGCCAAAGACUACGAGGUGUCGGCCUCGAUCUUCCAGGACGUGCUCGUCGCACAUCCUCACCGGCUCGAUGGCCUAGAUCACUACUCCAACAUCCUCUACGUGAUGGCGGACCGGCCGAAGCUGGCUUUUCUGGCGCACCUGGCCACGUCCGUCGACAAGUUCCGCCCCGAAACGUGCUGUGUUGUCGGCAAUUACUAUUCGCUCUGCUCGCAACACGAGAAAGCAGUCAUGUACUUCCGCCGCGCCCUGACCCUAGACCGGAAUUUCCUGUCGGCAUGGACCUUGAUGGGACACGAGUACAUUGAGUUGAAGAACACUCACGCCGCCAUCGAAUCAUAUCGCCGCGCCGUUGACGUCAAUCGCAAGGACUACCGGGCGUGGUACGGUUUGGGCCAAGCAUAUGAGGUGCUCGACAUGGGGUUUUAUGCUUUGUUUUACUAUCAACGCGCAGCAGGCUUGAGGCCGUACGAUCCCAAGAUGUGGCAGGCCGUGGGUUCUUGCUACACGAAGAUGAACCGGCUGGACCAAGCGAUCAAAGCACUCAAACGCGCCCUGGUGGCCGGGACGUAUUUUGACGAUGCAAACUCUCCUCAGUCGAGCUUCAGCACUUCCAACACUGCUGCCAAGCCCAAAUCGCAGCGCCCACCAGCCCCCGCACGCAAACUACUGGACCCUGAGACUCUGUACCAGAUUGCCCUGCUGCACGAACGCAUCGGUCCGGACGGCGAGGCCGAGGCGGCACGGUACAUGGAGCUCUGCGUGGCGCAGGAGACUGGCGGAACCCACAAAUCCGUGCUGGAGGCCGAGAAGGCCUUGCGGAGACGCCAACGCAAGGAGGCCCGGGCCAGUGCAAUUGCCCAGGAGCGCAGAGCCCGUCUGGCUGCGAUGGGGGCCGAAGCUGGCCUCGAUGCAGACGUCGGCAUUGACGAUGAUGCUGCAGACAUGGAAGGUGACGACGAUACAGAGAUCCUCUCGUCACCGGCCUCGCCAGCUUCGGCCGAAGGCGAUGCUCACAAUACAGGCGAGGGAGACGGCGACGGCGACGGGUUCGGCACAGGAACAACCGCCACAACCUCCAAAGCACGUCUUUGGCUUGCCCGCUGGAGCGUCAAGGCCGGAGAUCUGGAUCGAGCAGAGAGGUUGGCCGAGGAGCUGUGCAUGGACGGGUACGAGGUGGAAGAGGCAAAAGGCUUGGUUAGAGAGGUCAGAGGGCGCAGAGACGGUAUGCUAGGAAGCGAGUUUUGA